AUGCGGAAGAUUACACACUUGCAUCAGUUCCCUAAAGGCACGCUUCGCCUUCUUCACAUCGCCGUCCAGCAGAGCAGGUGUCUCUCCAGAGCGCGCCUGCAGCGCGGGCACUGUUAUCCCAUGGGGGAAUGUUUGAGGAAAACUUGCCCAUGUCUUCAGACAUUAUGGGACAGAAUAUACGGACCCUCGAGUGACGCCGGUGAAAACAGCGUGAAAGCUGACGGUGGUUGGACGGGAGAUGUUUCCAGCAUCACGGUCAACAGUGGCUCGGAGUCUGUCGGUCGUUACGCGCGGCCGGUGAGCGCCAUCCAGCCCAAUCGAAAGACCGACAAUGCUGUAUAUACAGCUCUGUGGGACUUUGAGGCUCGGGAAGUCGAGGAGUUGUCGUUUAAGGCUGGUGAUAUAUUCCAGAUCGUCAGCCGUUCCGGCGACUGGUGGAGCGCGAGGAAAACGGACAUGAAUGGUUGUAUUCUCGUCACGGGGUUUGUUCCGCGUAAUUACCUGGCGCGCGUGGAAUCCGUGGACUCUCAACCAUGGUUCUUUGGAAAGAUGAGCCGCAUUGAGGCCUCAAGUCACCUCAUGUCACCUGGAAAUCAUGAUGGAUCCUUCCUGGUGCGAAUCAGUGAGUCCGACAACAUAGGCCACGUGAUCUCAGUCUCUCCUCUUGAACCUUUUCUCAUAGUAAAGGCACAGAAAAAAACAAAACACUUCAAGAUCUAUGAGUCCAAUGGUCAAGUCUAUUUGGAUCCGGCUCUUAAAUUCUCCAGCGUAUUAGAGGUGGUGGAAUACUAUCAAUCUCACCCUCUGGCCUCUCUGGACAGACUGAAAUGUCCCUGCAUACGGAAAAGGCCUCAACCGCAGGAUCUGUCACACUCAACAGUGGACGAAUGGGAGUUGCCAAAAGAGGACUUUACCCUUGAAGAGCAGCUCGGCAGCGGCUACUUUGCUGAUGUUUACAGGGGCAAAUGGAAAAAUCGCAUUAACGUGGCCAUCAAAAUCCUCAAGAACAACGAUUGUCUAAAGCAGAAAGAAUUUCAGAUGGAGGUGCAGAUUAUGAAGCGGUUGCGUCAUAGACACCUCAUCGCUCUCUUUGCCAUCUGCACGUCCUCCGCCCCUUAUUACAUCAUCACAGAGCUCAUGGAGAAGGGCAACCUGUUAAACUUCCUCAGAGGUCCAGAAGGCGAGGCAUUAGAUCUGGUUUCUCUGAUCGACAUGGCAGCUCAGAUAGCAGAAGGGAUGGCAUAUUUAGAGGCCCAUAACAGUAUUCACAGAGACCUCGCUGCAAGAAAUGUUCUAGUUGGAGAUGGAUAUAUCUGCAAAGUGGCCGAUUUUGGCUUAGCCCGCAUCAUUAAGGAGCCUUUUUAUGUAUCUGAUGAGAAGAAAAUCCCAUACAGGUGGACGGCACCUGAGGCUAUCAGUCACGGCCGUUUCUCCAAUAAAUCUGACAUCUGGUCAUUCGGGAUUCUUCUUUUUGAGAUUCUCACCUACGGCGGGAUACCUUAUCCAGGUUUAGCAACAAAUGAGGUGUUUAUUUAUAUUACGCAACGCAACUACAGAUUGCCCGCUCCACCCAAAUGUCCGCAGUUCAUAUAUGACAUCAUGCUGUCCUGCUGGAGGGUGAAGCCAGAAGACCGGCCUGAUUUUAAAGAUCUGAGACACGACCUAGAAAACAUCAGUCGCUACAGUGAUUUGGACUGACUCAGUUGGAAGUUUUCUGUCUCUGUGUAUGAUCCCCUUCAGAGUUGCGAAAGCAAAACAAGACUGACCAAGACACGAUUUUUAAAGACAAUUGUACGCUAUUGAAUCAUCUCUGGUACAUUACCGGAUGUGUAGAUCUGUUUCAUCACACCAGAACAUGCACACAUAAAGCCCUUUUGCUGCUCUCAGAGAAUAAUUUGUUUUUGUUUGGUGUGUUUGCUUAAUGGUUAAAGUUGUAUGUGUGAAAUCAAUGAUUCAUUUUCUCCAGAAACGAAACCCAUGACUGAAUUUGAGUGUAAAAAAUGGAAAUAAAUAUAUUGCUAGACAGUCUUAUUUUGAUGCAUGUUUAAAACGGGCAAUGUCUGUGGACAUGUCAGUGAACCAAAAAUGUUGUAAAAGAGGAUGCUAAACACUGCUGUCUGUUCCUUUGUAUACUAUGUGCUGUACUUUCUGUAUUGUUAGUGGGUUUUAAGAUUGUUUAUUGUAUUGUGUUAAGCAACUCGCCAAAUUUGACACAAAAGAAAAGAUUACCUGGCCAGAAAACUCACAUGCCAGAUUGUUCGUUCAUUUUACAAAAAGGGACCUAGCCAGUUUGACCAGUUUAUCUUUCUUGUUUUUUGUGAUAUCUUCAACUUCAGAGGUCUAGUGGUGAACAAUGUUGAUUUGAUGUGGCAAAUAUUAAACGUUGUAUUAAUGCAGCUGUUACUGUAUUGUUGCAGAUCCAUCCAUAUAGCCUAGAAACAAUGGCUGGCGCAAUAUAAAACAUAUCCAGCAGAUGGCACCGUAUGCUACUAUUUCAGUGACGAUCUGUACAGCGUGGAAUAAAAGCGAACAAGAUGUGUACCUACGUAUCACUAAAGAUAAAUUAUUAUUAACGUUAUUAAUUCACAGUGUGGGUGUUAGUUCUCUGAUUAUGUUUUGAUGAAGGAAAAUAAUUAAUUCAUUAAUAAAUAACUACCAGUUCCAGCACUUAAAUCCAACUUCUAUCAGCUAUUCUAAAGAGUCUUUCAGACUUUUUAAAUGAGUAAUACUUUUAUUUAAAGGUUCAGUCUGAGGUUUAUUUCUUGUGUCUUAAUAAUAACUUUGCUUCGGUCUCUCAGAUUGUGGGUACUUUAUGUUGACUUUCCAGUGAAAUCCCGGUGGCUAGUUCUCAGUUUGUGGGUGAUUUAUGGGUGGGCACGCGGAGGGGCGCGGGUGAGCCCGGGUCACGCGACUGCUGCUCAUGCGGUCACAGCGUGAUCAUCUGUGGAGACUCAUCGAUUGCCAUCGAUCUGCUCUUCCUGCCCACCGGUGUUUUCGGAGUUCUUGAGUACUAGUUGGCCAGUUUUACUUAGUUAAAAAUUAGGGAUAAAGGUUAAGGUUCUUAAUCUGAAACAAACUAGCUCUGGGUAAAACCCUAUAAUCGAGAACCAUACAUUUUUUUUGCAGUGUGUUCUUGAGUUGAUGUUUUUUUCUGGAGUUGCGAGUUGUUUUAUUAUUUUGUUUUUUAUGACGGUGUGACUUUCUUUCUUCCGCAGGACACAAAAGAAGAUAUUUUGAAGAAUGUUGGUAACUGAACAACACUGGUCACCCUUUAAGACACAAAACCUUUAAGACAUUUCUUAAAAUAUAAUUUCACAAAAAUGUACAGGUUUUGACAAGAGGGUGAAUAAAUGAUGACUGGGUUUUGUUAAUGGGUGAACCGUUUAAGGCACUAGGUCUAAAAAAUCUUUGUACAACAUUUGCACAGUAAAUUCAUUUCUGGUCCUUACUGGAACAUUUACUUUUAGGAUGAAAAUGAUGGUCUGUUCCAUCUAUAGGCCUACUGUUGAGACAUUGAGCUUCAAAGUUUUUGCAUUCCAUUUCACUGUAAAUAGAAUCAUUUUGUUUUCUAAAAAAAGUACAAAAAUAUAAACAGCGUAAAGAAAAACACCAAAUUAUCGUAAAUAUAGUUAAAAAAUGUGAAUAAUUUAAUUUGGACAAAUAUGUCACAUAGAACCUUAUGAUUCCAAGGCAACGAAAUU